CUCUGGACACUCUCUUAUUAUCAGAGGAACGCGUGACCAAAAUCAGAGGGAAACACUGAACACUUAAGUAUUUAACUGAACGUGGCGUUAUCUAUACAUACCUGCGACGGACAGAAAGCCUUGAUCCUAAAACCCCUAAUUUGAUCGGUGUAACAGAAGAUGUCAUUCCCUCCUCAUCUGAACCCAAUACCCCAGUUACCCCCUGGCAUUUCUGCCACACAGUUUGCAGGGUUUCCCACCAAUGUCCCUACAGCGAGUCCAAUAAUUUCAAUGCAUAUGGGAAUGAUGCCUCCUUCCCCAGCGGUUUUGGUACCAACUACAGUGCAGUUAGUUCAGAAGCCACUGGGGCUGACUAGGGAGGCCAUUGCCACCCAUACCAAGGAGCUUGAGGAAGGUACAGGUGCCAACACAGGGCCGACCACCACAGUGUUUGUGGGAGACAUCUCAGAAAAGGCCUCUGACAUGCUGGUGCGACAGCUGUUGGCGAAAUGUGGUUUGGUCCUCAGCUGGAAAAGAGUCCAGGGGGCUUCUGGAAAACUGCAAGCGUUUGGUUUCUGUGAGUACAAAGAGCCUGAGUCCACGCUGAGAGCUCUCCGACUACUUCAUGAGCUGCAAGUGGGAGAUAAGAAGUUACUUGUGAAAGUGGAUGCAAAGACCAAAGCUCAGCUGGACACCUGGAAGGCCAAUCAGAAGAGGCCAAAUGGGGCUCCUCAGUUUAGAGAAGACGCUACAGCUGAAGAGGUUCUGGAUGAUGAGACAAAGCGGCGUGAUCAGAUGGUGAAGGGUGCUAUCGACGGUCUGAUCCGGGAGUAUUCCAGUGAGCUCACGGCCUCCUCACAGGAUGCUGAUGCCCAUCAACGCAAGAAACGUAGAGAGAAGAAGGAGAAUGAUAUAAAUGCCAUGGAGAUGGAGGAUGACAAGCGAGACCUGAUUUCCAGAGAGAUUAGCAAAUUCAGAGACACACACAAGAAACUGGAGGAGGAGAAGGAUAGAGAACGACAGCAGGUUGAGAAAGACAGGGGAGACAGGGACAAAGAGAGGGAACGAGAGAGAGAACGACGUGAUCGAGAGAGGGAUAAGGAGCGUGAGAGAGAGAGGCAGAAGGAGAGAGAAAAGGAGCGAGAGAGAGAGCGAGACCGUGACCGCGAAAGAACGAAGGAGAAAGAAAAAGAGCGGGAAAAAGAAAGAAGUCGUGAUCAAAGUAUAGACAGAAGCAGAUCAAGGGAGAGAAGUCGAGAAGAAAAGAAAAGAGAGCGAGAGGAGGAUGAGGAGGAGACAUACGAACGGCGCAAGCUGGAAAGGAAGCUACGUGAAAAGGAGGCAGCCUAUCAGGAGCGCCUGAAGAACUGGGAGAUCAGAGAGAGGAAAAAAUCAAGGGAUUACAUUAAAGAUGAGGAGAGAGAUGAGGAAAGAUGCAGGGAGAUGAGUAAAGAAGCGAAGCGAUUGAAAGAGUUCCUGGAGGAUUAUGAUGAUGACAGAGAUGAUCCUAAAUACUACAGGGGCAGCGCGCUGCAGAAGCGAUUGAGGGACAGAGAGAAAGAGCUGGAAUUUGAUGAGAGAGACAGAAAGAGAGAGAAAGAUGAACUGGAGGAGAUCAGACAGAGACUUCUAGCAGAGGGACACCCAGACCCUGAUGCUGAACUUCAGAGGAUGCAGCAGGAGGCCGAGAGGGAGUGCCAGCCUCCUCUAAAGCAGGAGCAGAGCGAAGAGGUGACGCAAAUCCCCUGUGAGGAGCAUCAGAGAAAAGGAUCCACAGAGCAGGAGGCAUACUCCUCAGACAAUAAUGUCACAGACCAAGAGGAAGAUGAGGACAAAGAUGAUGACAGAGAGGACAAGCCAUGCUUGAAGCCCACACUUAGACCUGUUACCACAGUGCCCUCCAUCUCUUCUGCCAGCGGCAAUGGCACACCACUAACACCCGAAAGCGAAUCACCACACUGCAUCAACACUCUGCAGGAGAACUCUUCAUAUGAGGCUCCGCCCACAGAGGAGAACAGGCCUAAAAUAGGUCUCAGUCUCAAACUGGGUGCUGCGGGCAGUCCAAAAAUGCCCCAGGCAGUAAGACGAAAGGCUCUUGCUGCAGUUGACAGCGUCUUUAAUAAGUUUGCUGAUGAGGAGGCAGAGGAAACACCCAAGAAGAGGAAGCUGGUACCUCUGGACUACAGUGAGGAUGAGAAGGGAGGCCUGAGCCUGGAUGGGACAGAGGUCACAGGGUCACGGCCUGGUGUAAACACAGAAGAGAAACGAAAACAUAUCAAGAGUCUGAUUGAGAAAAUCCCCACAGUCAAACAAGAGCUUUUUAACUAUCAACUGGACUGGAACAUGGUGGACACGACAUUGAUGGACAGGAGGAUCCGCCCCUGGAUUAAUAAAAAAAUUAUAGAGUACAUUGGAGAGGAGGAGGCCACACUAGUCGAAUUCGUCUGUUCUAAGAUUAUGGCUCACAGCACACCAGAGGGAAUUCUGGACGAUGUUGCCAUGGUACUGGAUGAGGAGGCAGAAGUGUUUAUAGUGAAAAUGUGGAGACUUCUGAUUUAUGAAACAGAGUCCAAGAAAAUUGGCCUGGUGAAAUAACAUGGAGUGCUGAGCUGAACUGAGAGGGAUAGAAAUGAGUAGGAGAGCGGAUAGUGACCUUGCAUCUCUCUCCAACUCUUCAAAGUAAAUUAAAGUAUGGUGGGUGAACACCACAGAGAUACAGACUGCUGCACUUCCACUCUUCCUAUAUUCUCCAGGGAAUUAACUGCACAUCUGGUGUGUGUGUGUGUGUCUGACAGCAUUUCCAAAAUUAAAAGGUUGAAAAGGCUGCUUAAAAGGAAUAUUCCAGGUUCAAUACAAGUUAAGCUCAAUUGACAGCAUUUGUGGCAUAAUGUUGAUUACCAGAAAGAAAAAUUUUGAAUCAUCCCUCCUUUAAAAAAAGCAGAAGUCUGGGUUACAGUGAGGCACUUACAAUGGAAGUAAAUGGGGCUAAUCUGUAAAUGUUAAAAUACUCACUGUUUCAAAUGUAAAGCCACAAGACGUAAACAAUAUGUGUGUUAACAUGACUUUAGUGUGACAAAAUCACGUACUAACCUUUUCUAUGUAAAGGUAUUGCCAAUUGUACAGCUUCGUUGCCAUGACAAUGUAAUGGUGUAAACCCUAAAAUGACUGUGAAAACAAUGUUUUAAACAGCUUUACAGCUACAACAGAACAAUUAAUGUAAAUACUUUUAUACAAUUAUAAAGCUUCACAUUUCUGCCUUUUUUAAACCCUCCAAAAAUUGGCCCCAUUCACUUCCGUGUUAAGUGUCUUACUACCUUAAUUUUUGCUUUUUUUUUUUUUUUUUUAAAGAAAGUUAGUAAUUUUUUGUGGUAGUCAACAUUAUGCCACAAAUGCGGUUGAUUGAGCUUAACUUGUGUUGAACACAGAAUAUUCCUUUAAUGUCCAGAAUAAACGGGAUGUCUAGUUUGGCUGGCUGUUUUCCUUUUCAGUUGUCUUAAUUUGUUUCAGUUGUUAUUUAAUUCUAUUCUGUCUCCAAAUAUUUGCACAACCAAGUUCAAUCAGAAGUUUUUCUUUAAUUAUUUAAGUGAACUCAGUUGGGCUUAACUGUAUGCCUGCCUCAUUACAAGAGAGUAUGAAGUCAUUUUCAGUGCACUGUAUUUACAGAAACAUUGUUUAAAUAAGAAUUAAUAUUUCUUACCAUGGGAGUCUGUGAUGUGGGAUUUUCUGAAGGUUUUUGCAGCAGUGGUUUUGAAUGUAGAAUACUUUGCACAUACCAGCCCAGUCAAAGAUUUGUUUCCAUGGUGAUUGAUUUGACUUUGAAAUAUUAAAAUGUUUGAU